AUAAAAUGGCGGGCUGCCAUAACAAAGGCUCUGCAAGUUGCAAGUUCUUAUCCCCCUCUAUCCGCCGCCCGCCGGCUUCUCCCACUCCGGCGAGAUGCUGACCUGCGGACGAUACCUCUCCUCCGCCGCUGCCACAACGCCAUCCUUUUCCCCACUCCGGACACUAACAUUCUCUCUCCUCCGCCAUCAUCCUAUCCGCUUCCUCUCGUCCUCCUCCUCCGCCGCCACCACCGCAGUCGAACCUGAGACCAUAAGCGGCGGCGGCGCUGGUGGUGGUGCCACAAGGCCGCAGUGGAAGGCGGCGAUAGACUUCAAGUGGAUCCGGGACAACAGGGAUGUCGUCGCCACCAACAUUCGGAAUCGGAACUCCGCCGCCAACCUCGACGUUGUCCUCCAGCUCUACGAUCAGUACCUCGCGCUGCAGAAGGAGGUCGAACGGCUCCGGGCUGAAAGAAAUGCAGUUGCUAACAAAAUGAAAGGGAAACUAGACCCGUCUUUGCGACAUGCCCUUGUUGAUGAAGGCAAAAACCUGAAAGAAAUCCUUAUUGCACUAGAAGAGGAUCUUGUUCAUCUAACUGAUAAGCUUCAGUUAGAAGCACAAAGUAUUCCUAAUACUACACAUCCAGAUGUGCCUUUAGGGGAUGAGGAAAGCUCUGUCACCAGAAAGGAGGUAGGCAGUCAGAGAAACUUCAGUUUCACCAUUAAAGACCACCUUCAGCUUGGGAAGGACCUUGAUCUAUUCGACUUUGAUGCAGCUUCUGAGGUCAGUGGUUCAAAGUUCUACUACCUGAAGAAUGAAGCUGUUUUGUUGGAGAUGGCCCUUGUAAAUUGGGGUAUUGCUGAGGUCUCAAAGAAGGGUUUCACACCACUCAUAACUCCAGAAAUUGUUAGAUCAUCUGUUGUUGAGAGAUGUGGCUUCCAGCCAAGGGCCCAAAAUACUCAGGUCUAUUCAAUAGAUAACAGUGAUCAGUGCCUCAUAGGCACUGCAGAAAUUCCCGUUGGAGGCAUCCAUAUCAACUCCAUACUUCCCGACUCUGAUUUACCUUUAAAAUAUGUGGCAUAUUCACACUGUUUUCGCACAGAAGCAGGUGCCGCAGGUGCUGCCACUAGGGGCCUCUACCGCGUACAUCAAUUUAGCAAGGUUGAGAUGUUCAUAUUCUGUCGGCCAGAGGAAAGCGACAAGUACCAUGAAGAACUUAUAACCAUCGAAGAGAAUCUUUAUGCAUCACUUGGACUUCAUUUCAAAACUUUGGAUAUGGCAACAGGAGAUUUGGGCGCUCCAGCCUACAGAAAGUAUGACAUUGAGGCAUGGAUGCCAGGACUAGAUCGGUACGGUGAGAUCUCAAGUGCAUCAAACUGCACGGACUACCAGAGCAGGCGGCUGGAUAUCCGGUUCCGUCCAGCACCCUUGGAGCCUCCAUCGGCGACGAACAACAAGAAAGGCAAAGGGGCCAGUUCAGGUCCAACGCAGUUUGUCCACACGCUCAACGCAACUGCAGUCGCUGUUCCUCGCCUGAUCAUAUCCAUUCUGGAGAAUUUUCAGCAAGAGGAUGGUACGGUUGUGAUUCCGGAGCCGCUGAGGCCCUUCAUGGGUGGGCUUGGCGUCCUCACCCCAAAAAACAAACGAUAGUGGCAUUUAAAGUAUGGGGUUUCUUUUUUGUAUGGAAGUGGCAAGUGCCUUGAAGAACCUUGGUGGGGAACUCUGGUAGAAGAUAAUUUUGAAUCUUAACUGAAAACUGAGUUAUACUCCGUAUUUGUUAAUGCUGUGGACGCGAAACACAAUUUUGGUGGA